AUGCCGUUUGGAUUGACGAAUGCACCAGCAGCUUUUAUGGGUUUGAUGAAUAAAGUAUUCCAGAAAUACUUGGAUAGAUUUGUCAUUGUUUUUAUCGAUGACAUUCUAGUGUAUUCCAAGUCGGAAGCAGAUCAUAUUCAACAUCUUACUCUGGUGUUGGAGAAAUUAAGAGAACAUCGUUUGUAUGCUAAGUUUAGCAAGUGCCAAUUUUGGUUAAAUGAAGUGGCAUUCUUGGGACAUGUCAUAUCAGCUCAGGGUAUUCUGGUAGACCCUCAGAAGAUAGCAGCUGUGGAGAAUUGGGAACAGCCACGAACAGUCACCGAGGUACGAAGUUUCCUUGGCUUAGCAAGUUACUAUCGAUGGUUUGUUAAGAAUUUCUCAGUUAUCGCUUUACCACUUACCAAGUUGACUAGAAAGGAAGUCAAGUUUGAGUGGGAUAGUAAGUGUGAGCAGAGUUUUCAGCAACUUAAGCAUUGUCUCACUCAUGCACCUGUUUUGGCACUUCCUGACGACGGUGGUAAUUUCGAGAUUUACAGCGAUGCUUCGUUGAAUGGCCUGGGAUGUGUGUUAAUGCAGCAUAGUAGAGUGAUUGCUUAUGCUUCACGUCAGUUAAAGCCUCAUGAAAAGAAUUACCCUACUCAUGAUUUGGAAUUAGCAGCCAUUAUAUUUGCCUUGAAGAUUUGGAGACACUAUCUUUAUGGAGAAAAGUAUUUGAGGUCCACUGGAGUGGAAUUGGGAUUGGAGGAACAAGAGGAAAUGGUGGUAGGACGAGAAGAAGCCUUACUUGCUAGUUUCCAAGUUAGGCCUAUUUUGAUGGAUCGUAUACUUGAAGCUCAAGGAAGUGACAAAGAAGUUCAGAGUUUAAUCCUUGCAGUUUCUCAAGGAAAGAAGAAAGAUCUCAAUGUUCGUGAAUCUGAUGGCAUGCUUAUGCAGGAUAAGCGGAUGUACGUGCCAAAUAAUGCGGAUUUGAAGAAAGAGAUUCUUGAUGAAGCGCAUAUUUCAGCAUAUGCAAUGCAUCCAGGAGUGAGUAUUGUUUCGGAUCGAGAUCCUAGAUUCACUUCUAAGUUUUGGACAGCUUUUCAGGAAGCUCUUGGUACGAGAUUGCUUUAUAGUACGACAUAUCAUCCCCAGACAAAUGGUCAGUCUGAGAGGACCAUACAGACUUUGGAAGAUAUGUUAAGAUCUUCUGUAAUGCAGUUUAGCGAUGAUUGGCAUGCAAAGUUGGAUUUAAUGGAGUUUGCUUAUAAUAACAGUUACCAUUCCAGCAUCGGGAUGGCACCGUUUGAAGCUCUAUAUGGAAAGUCGUGUCGUACUCCUCUGUGUUGGUCAGAGGUCGGGGAAAGAGUUUUGGUGGGCCCUGAGAUAGUGGAGGAGACUACUCAGAAUGUCCAAGUGAUUAAGUCUAACUUGAAAGCGGCCCAAGAUCGGCAGAAGAGUUUAGCGGACAUGCAUGCUACUGAUCGAGUGUAUGAAGUUAAUAAUUGGGUAUUCUUGAAGCUAUCGCCUUGGAAGGGAGUUGUAAGGUUCGGGAAAAAGGGUAAGCUAAGUCCUAGGUAUAUCGGACCUUAUCAAAUCACCGAGCGAGUUGGUGAAGUUGCAUACAGGCUUGAGUUGCCUUCAGAACUGUCUAAAGUGCAUAAUGUAUUUCAUGUUUCGAUGCUUCGUCAUUACAUUGCAGAUCCAUUGCAUGUAAUUCCAAUUCAACCUUUGGAGAUUAGCCCGGAUUUGACUUAUGAUGAAGAACCAGUGACUAUCUUGGAUUGGAAAGAGAAAGUUCUGAGAAAUAAGACGGUGCAGUUGGUAAAAGUAUUGUGGAGGAACCACUCGGUGGAAGAGACUACUUGGGAAACAGAGGAUCGGAUGAGAGAGAUGUAUCUGAGAUUGUUUUAUGACUAUUAG